AUGCAUCACCUCUUCGGGCUGGUUUUGGCACAGAAGGACCUGUCCCGGGCAGGGGAUCUCUUCUCCCUGGAGGAUGCUGAGAUCGAAGGAAGCCUCUCUGAAGCUCUUGAACAGAUCAGAAUCAUUAGUUCAGCUGCAGACUACCAGACCAACGACAACGACCAGGCUGUGGUGGAGAUCUGCAUCACCCGCAUCACCUCGGCCAUCAGGGAGACUGCGUCCAUCGAGAGGCACGGCAAGGCCCUGGUGGCUCUCUGGGAGUCCUGCCUGGAGCACAACCUGAAGCCCUCUGGCAAAGACGAGGAUGCCCCCCAUGCCAAAAUUGCAUCCGACAUCAUGAGCUGCAUCCUGCAGAAUUACAACCGGCCUCCAGUGAUGGCCUUGGCUGUGCCAGUGGCAGUGAAAUUCCUGCAGAGGGGCAACAAGGAGCUGUGCAGGAACAUGUCCAGUUACCUGUCCUUGGCUGCCAUUGCCAAGGCUGAGCUGCUGGCUGAGCACACAGAAACCAUCGUCAGGAGUGUCCUGCAAGGGAACUCGAUGCUGCUGCGGGUGCUGCCCGCGCUCUACGAGAAGCAGCCGCAGCCGAUCCACGCCCGCCUGCGGGAGCUGGUGGCACCCAUGGCCCAGCUGGACCCUCCCGAGCAGCUCCACCUCCUCAGGCUCCUGCACACCGUGGCCAGGAAGAGAGAACUGGGGGUGCUGAGAGAGUGUUUGCCGUUUUUAUUUGGACACCUGAGGGACCCCAACCACAGCGAGGUGAUUCUAAACAUCCUUCUGGAAAUAUCCAGCUACGAACCUGCAGCCUUGGCCCCUUUCCUUCCCACGCUGAGGGAAAUUGGAGAGAGUUUUCCCAAUUUGAUUGGGCAGACAGCAAAGAUCUUCGGAGCUGUUGGACAUCUCGAUGAGGAGCGAGCCAGAACCUCCCUGCUCUAUCUGGUGAACCAGCUGGCCAACAUGGAGCACUCCUUUCACCACCUGCUGCUGCUGGAGAUCAAGAGCCUCACCGACACCUUCUCGAGCAUCCUGGGCGCCCAGAGCAGGGACAUUUAUCGCAUGAGCAACAGCUUCUCUGCCAUCGCCAAGCUGCUGGCGCGGCAGCUCGGCACCGACGGCGCGGCGGCAGCCAGGAUGGAAAACAACCCUGAGGCAGAAUGUCCUGUACCACUGGAUGAUUUAAAAUCUGUCGUGAAUGGCAGUGAAGAAGAUGAAAAGCUGCAAGUUAAAAUCCAGGCUUUUGAAGAGAAAAUAAACGUGGACAACAGCACCCCUGGCUCAGUGAGGAGAUACAGCCUGGGCCAGGUUUCUAAAGAAGAAAGGAAGGAUAUGAGGUUUAACAGGUCCAAGAGCCUGGCCCUGCAGGCGCUCAGGCUGAAGGGGCUGAGCCCGGAGGGAGGGCCGGACGAGGAGAGCGGGGACAUCCCUGCUGGCAUCUCCUUCUCCGAGCUGUGCCUCAGCCAGGAGCACCAGGAGGUGCCUUUUGGGGUGCAGCCCGGAGCAGGGAGCUGCCCGCUUUCAGAGCAGAGCGCUGCUCCCCCCCAACCGGCCCGGCUGCCAGACGUGAGCCCCGGCAAGGCCGCGGAGGGAAGGGCGGGGGCGGGCACGGGCCCGGCGGAGCAGCAGGACAAGCUGUACCUGCACCUGAAGGAGAACCUGGGCAGAGUGAAGGAAUACGUGCUGGACAUGGGCAGGAGGAUUCCCGUCCCUGAGCAGUGUGUGAUCGAAGAUACUGUUCAAAGCUGUGUGGCAAAGCUGUUCUUCAGCUGUCCCCUGAAGGGCCACUACUGCCUGUACAGCAAAUCCAGUUUCAUCCUGGUGAGCCAGCAGCCUGCUCUCUGGAUCCACAUCAUGUUCCUGUUCCAGCAGAGCCUGUUUGCAGAACCUUUGUCCAUACAAAGCCACUCUGUGCAAGUCCUCAAGGCCCUGUGGGAGAAGACACAGCUCAAGGGGACGCACAGCUUUGAGACUGCCAUGAUCCAGUCCACCUUCCCACACCAGAAGGACCUGGAGAACGUUCAGAUGCACCUGGAGGAAGUGAGGUUCUUUGAUUUAUUUGGCUACAGCGAGGAGGCAGGAGCCUGGCAGUGCUUCAUGUGCAACAACCCUGAGAAGGCAACAGGCAUGAACCAGGACGGGCAGCCCCUGAUCGAGGGCAAGCUGAAGGAGAAGCAGGUCCGCUGGAAGUUCAUCAAGAGGUGGAAAACGCGCUACUUCACCCUGGCUGGCAACCAGCUGCUGUUCCGCAAGGGCAAAGCCAAGGACGACCCCGACGAGUGCCCCAUCGAGCUGAGCAAGGUGCAGAGCGUCAAAGCGGUGGCCAAGAAGCGGCGGGACCGGAGCCUGCCCCGGGCCUUCGAGAUCUUCACGGACAGCAGGACCUACGUGCUCAAGGCCAAGGACGAGAAGAAGGCCGAGCAGUGGCUGCAGUGCCUCAACGUGGCCGUGGCGCAGGCCCGCGAGCGCCAGAGCCGCGAGGCCACCACCUACCUGUAGCCCUGGGGCCACCAAACCCUGCCCGAGUGGCCACCCCGGACGCUGUGGGGCAGGCACGGGGAGCAGGGAGAGCUGCCUGCAGAGCCAGAGGGACCAUGGCACCUCCAGUGCCACUGCCCCGAGGAGCAGCUGCCGCGUUCCCUGGGGAAAUCCGGGGCUGUUUCUUCAGCCUGAUGUCCUGACAGCCAGGGAAUGUGGUUAGAAACCCAACCCUGAGGUGCACCACGUCUCUGACACUGCCAAGAGAAUGCCAGCAGUGAGGACCUUCUGCUUUCCUCAAUCAACUCGAUGUAAAAAGUUAAUUUUCCUUAUUUAAUCCCAGUGGACUUUACCCUUUUAUUGUUUAUAUGUGUCUGUGCCGCUGCUGCUUUCAGGUUUAAAUUGGGAAAUUGAAAGAUCUUGUAUGGCUGGAAAAUAAUUUUAAAUAUUUAACUGGUUUGAUUUUUCCCUCUUUUUUCUUGCUUUUGCUCUACUUUGUAACUGAACGUAAUUUUUAAAUUUUCCUAUUUUGUUUUUUAAUUCUCUUCUCCAUUCUGGAACUUUUCAAAAUUUCUGCAAAACUGGAAAAUUCCCAGUUUGUUCGAUUUUCUUUGUUACUUUCAAAUGAUUCCAAAGUGGAGGAAGUACUGUAGAGGAGACUGAAAGGAAAAGAGGGGGGCAAAAAAAAGAAUGAAAAGUCUGCAAGUGAUGAAAUGAGCUCAGAGAUCAUUCAAAGCUGAGUAGAAAUAAAAUUUUACAUUU